AGUGUCUUCUGAAAACACCACCAUUCACACAACAAAGGAGAUAAUAAUAGUAGCGUGAUUUCAUUGUGUCUUCUGAAAACACCACCAUUCACACAACAGAGGAGAUAAUAAUAUAGCAGCGUGAUUUCAUUUAAGCUAGCAUGAAGAUUUUUCCUUACGAUUUCCUUCUACUUGUCCCGCUUAUUCUCGUUCCUCUAUAUUUUCUCACUGCAAUCAAAAACAGAAAGAACGGAGAUCAAGCAAAACCCAACUUCCCACCUGGUCCUCUGAAGCUUCCAAUCAUUGGUAACUUACAUCAACUCAUAAAACAACCUCAUCAUCAAGCACUGUCACAACUAUCUAACCCAUACGGUCCAAUCAUGUUUCUACAAUAUGGUCGUGUACCUACAGUCGUAAUCUCCUGAAGCUGCCGAACAAGUCCUCAAAACACUUGAUACUAGUUUUGUAGUAGAAUUCAACUUGCUGGAGGAAAACGUCUUUCAUAUAAUUACAUAGAUAUGGCUUUAGCACCUUAUGGAGAGUAUUGGAGAGAGAUUCGAAAAAUAUGUGUACUUGAACUCUGUAGUAGGAAAAGGGUGCAAUCUUUUAAGGUGGUCAUGGCAGAGGAAAUUGGUGUUUUGAUUGAUUCGAUAUCAUCUUCUUCUUCAAAUACAACUUCAGUUAACGCUUUGGAGAAGUUAACAAGCUUUGCACAUAAAACUAUCUGUAGAUUUGCUUUUGGUAGCGCAACCGGUCAAAGUAGCAAUAGAUUUGAUAAUGGAAGACUUGCAGAAAUUCUUUAUGAAGUCUCCGUAGUGACUGGUUUAUCCGCAUCGGACUUCUUUCCAAAGAUAAGUUGGAUUAUUGAUAGGGUCACUGGAAUUCAUAGUAAAACCGAAAAAUGCUUUCAUGAUGUGGACGAUUUCUUACAACAAAUCAUAGACGAACAUGAAAACCCGGAGCGAGUGAAACCGGAGCACGAAGAUAUCAUAGACAUUUUUCUGAAACUAAAGAACGCUGAAACAAGUACCAUUCGUCUCACUAACGACCAUAUCAAAGCAGUUCUCGUGAAUUUAUAUCUUGGUGGAGUAGACUCACCAGCAGUAAUAAUGAAUUGGGCCAUGAUAGAACUGGUUAAAAAUCCCAAAGCAAUGAAGAAAGUUCAGGAAGAGAUCAGAAGGUAGGUAGGUUCAAAAGGAAAGGUAGAAGAACCGGACCUUGAUAAUUUCCUAUACUUAAAAAUGGUAGUUAAAGAAACUAUGGGGUUGCAUCCAAUAGCUUCAUUCCUUUUAAGAGAAACCAUGAAACACAGCAAAAUUGGUUGUUUCGACAUAUAUCCCAAGACAUGGGUGUUAAUAAAUACAUAGGCGAUGGGAAGAAAUCCAGAGUAUUGGCAAAAUCCAGAAGAAUUCUUACCAGAGAGGUUUAAGGACAGCUCCAUUGAUUUUGGUGGAGAUCAAAGUUUUGAAUACACGCCUUUUGGAGGAGGUCGAAGGGUUUGUCCUGCAAUUAAUAUGUCAAUUGUGUUAGUAGAGUUUGUCCUUGCCAAUGUAUUGUGUACUUUCAAUUGGGAAUUGCCAGAAGGAUUGACGAGGGAAGACUUGAACAAGGAGGAGUUUGCAGGCUUAAGGAGUAGAUAUCCACUUGAGCUUGUGCCCAUCAAGCAUGUGGUUAGGAAAUCUAAUUAAAAGAAAAUAAAAUAUUGUAUGACUGUGUGCCAAGUGUAUACUGCGCGAUAUUCCAUGGGAAAUGGUGUGCUGAAUGUAUAACCGAUGUGUGAUUUGUGUGCUAAAUGUAAAAUGCAUGAUAUUGCAUGGGUAAUUGUUUGCUAAAUGCAGUAUAAACUCUAUAAAUUAAUGUUGA